AUUAAGUUAGGGAUAUGUGUUUGACAGCAUAAUGAAACUCAAAAGGGUUGCGAAUAAGUAGAGUAGUUUAGGAUAAGGAAACACUACAUUUUCCUGUUAUUAGUCUUCACUCUUCACUGGUUGUCCAAUUGCAUUUGGUGCAUUAGUUAGUAAUAGAUGGCAGUUGCAGCUGCAGCUUGUUGGUUCACUGCCGGCACUUCAUUCUCCUCUUUAACAUCUCACCGCCUGUCCUCUUCGUCUUCUUUAUUUAUUCCUAAAGCUUUACAUCAAAAUUCAUCAUUUCAUUCCCCUUCUCAGAAAGCAGUUGGUAAACAGAACUUCCGAUGGAGAUCAAAAGAUGAAAGGCAUUUAGCAAAUAAAGAUGGCAGAAGCAACAAAAAUGAAACGGGACAAUCUCAAUUAACUGCAUUUAAAUCGUCUGGUCUUCAGAGGAAAGGAGUAGGGAAGGGAGCUCCAUUUGAGUCAAAGGAGCUGCAGGUUGAAACUGGUAUCAUUGAAGAUGCAGCUUUUCUUAAUGCAGUUGUGAAGGUUUUCUGUACACACACUGCUCCAGAUUAUUCCCUCCCAUGGCAGAAACAAAGACAAUUUGCAAGUACUGGAAGUGCUUUCAUGAUUGGUGAUGGGAAACUCCUGACAAAUGCACAUUGUGUUGAACAUGGUACCCAGGUUAAAGUGAAGAGAAGGGGAGAUGACACUAAAUAUGUUGCCAAGGUUCUAGCUAGAGGAGUGGAGUGUGACAUAGCCUUGCUAACUGUGGAAAACAAGGAUUUCUGGAAAGGAGCUGAGCCCCUCCACUUUGGACACUUGCCUCAUCUACAGGAUGCUGUAACUGUUGUUGGUUAUCCACUUGGAGGAGAUACCAUUUCUGUGACCAAGGGGGUGGUAUCAAGAGUAGAGGUCACAUCAUAUGCUCAUGGAUCAUCUGAGCUUCUCGGCAUUCAAAUAGAUGCAGCAAUAAAUCCUGGUAAUAGUGGCGGUCCUGCAUUCAAUGAUGAUGGAGAGUGCAUAGGGGUGGCAUUUCAGGUUUACAGGUCAGAUGAGGUGGAGAAUAUUGGUUAUGUUAUCCCAACUACAGUAGUGUCUCAUUUUCUUGAAGACUACGAAAGGAACGGGAAGUACAAUGGUUUUCCUUGCCUUGGAGUAUUGUUGCAAAAAUUGGAGAAUCCAGCACUACGUGCCUGCUUGAGAGUUUCUUCGAAUGAGGGUGUACUCGUACGGAAAAUCGAGCCUACUUCUGAUGUUAGCAAUGUUUUGAAAGAGGGAGACGUGAUUGUUAGCUUUGAUGGUGUUCGUGUCGGGAGUGAAGGGACAGUGCCAUUUCGAUCAAAUGAACGCAUUGCAUUUCGCUAUCUUAUCAGUCAAAAGUUCACUGGUGAUGUAGCCGAGCUUGGUAUUAUUAGAGCUGGGGAAUUCCUGAAAGUUCAAGCAGUUUUGAAGCCACGUGUGCAUUUGGUUCCUUAUCACAUAGAAGGCGGUCAACCUUCUUAUUUAAUAGUUGCUGGCUUGGUGUUUACACCACUAUCCGAACCCUUAAUAGGCCUUACAAGCAAUUGUUCAUUCUUGUUUGUCAGGGAAGAAUGUGAAGAUACUAUAGGGCUAAAACUAUUGACAAAGGCUCGAUACUCUUCUGCAAAGUUCGAAGGGGAACAGAUUGUCAUACUAUCACAGGUCUUGGCAAAUGAAGUGAACAUUGGGUAUGAGGAUUUAAGCAAUGAGCAGAUCUUAAAGAUGAAUGGGACUCGAAUUAGGAACAUUCACCAUUUGGCUCAUCUAGUGGAUUCUUGCAAGGAUAAGUAUCUAGUGUUCGAAUUUGAAGACAACUUUCUGGUUGUUCUAGAAAGGGAGGCAGCAUCAUCUGCGUCAUCUAGUAUUCUUAAAGACUAUGGCAUUCCAGCUGAAAGAUCAUUGGAUCUCUUGGAACCAUAUAUUGAUUCCAUUGGACCAGAUGAAGCAACCGAUCAACACGAAUUUGGUGAUAGUCCAGUUUCUAAUUCAGAAUUCGGUUACGACGGGCUUCUUUGGGCUUGAUCAUGACAUGUGAAGUUGUUCAAUCUCAGCUUCUCAUUUGGAACUAUUGUUUCUUCAUAUUUCACAGGAACAAGAACACCGAUGAUCAGGCAACACUGACCAUGCAGACUUUGUAUGGCAGAUGUUUAGUUUGCCUGUCUCCUUUGUCAAAGCUAUUGCAAGAUUGGCCUCCAACAUGGAUAACAAUGUUCUAUACAAAUGAAGUGAAAUAAUGUCCGGAGGUUUGUACAUUAGGCAUAGCACAUUUUUUUUCACCUGUAGGAAACAUGUAGUCUCUCUGAGAUUUUGACCUGGUGUAGUCCAGAGGGUGUGCAACCCUUUAGCCUGAUUCAUUACUUAUUCAUUUUGUUAUUCAUGUUUUGUAAUUGAUACGAUUCAAUGUUGACCACAAUUUAUAAAGCAGAUGCUCCGUCGUUUCGCAAA